GCCCAUUGAUGGGUACAUUAUUAGGCACUACGAUAGGCAGAGGUUCCUCUACCGAUGUACGCAAAGUAGUGAUACGGAAAGCCAUAGGAAGAUUAGAAUGAACCGCAACUUAUUCAAAACUCUAUGUGAACUACUAGUUGCCGAAGGGCGUCUUACAAAGACGAGAAAUGUAGAAAUAGAGGAAAUGGUACUUACCUUCCUACCUACCCUUCCUCAUAGCGAUAUCGAUCCCCCGGGCUGUGGGGGGGAACCAAUCGAGGAUGAGGGUACUCAAGCCGUCCCACUUAAUGAAGCUGAGGAGGUUGUGAUGGCUGAACUUAAUGCAGAGCUAGAAGCACAGAAAAUGCAGUCUGCAAGUGUUACAGCCUCGAGUGAUGGGACAGCAGGGAAUAAGAAGAAGAGGUCCCAAUCUGUAGAUGACAGGAUUGACUUUGUUGUGCGUGAGAUGAGUGAGCUUCGCCCAAUGAUCAAGCAGUCAAUGGAAACCAUCGCUAGAGCACUUGGUGAGAGCGACGACCUUAUCGAGAAGAGAACCAAUCUGCUGAAGACACUUGAGGAGCUUGAAGGGCUCACUAGAGCUGAGAUUUUAACAGCAUUAAGGAAGCUUUCUAACAAUGACACGGAUUUGAUGAUCUUCUAUGGCUUGGAAGACAAAGCUGACAAGUUGAUGUUCGUGACAGGGCUGCUUGGAUGAAGUACAUUUUGUGGGAAGUUAUAAAUGUUAGUUUACGUAUGUUGAACAAAGAACUCGAACAAGGCUGUUGUGUUUUGAGAUUUUGCAGGAAGUUUUGAAUGUCGGUUUACGUAUGUUGAACAAAGAACUCGAACAAGGUUGUUGUGUUUUUGGGAUUUUGCAGUAUGUUACAUGGUUACAUAUGUAGUUUUUUUUAUCAGGUUAAACCCAUAAUUGAGUAUGUUGCAGGGUUAUGAUUCUGUUAAAUAUGCUAAAGGCAUAUAUCAUGUUUGGUGUUUCCACGCCCAGGUCCAUUAGCCUACAACAAAGAUGGAUUCUUUAGUCUCUGGAAGCUGGAAGAGGACCAGGACUUGGUGGGUGGGUAUAGAUGGGGUUGGGAUUAUCAGUCCAUGCGAGUUCUGUGCAUAUGUGGUUUGGGUUAUAGGUGGGUGGGUAUAAAGGUACUUUUAGAAUUGCUUUCAUAAUUAAAUUUCCUGCCUAAUAAAUCUCUCAUUCCUAAACAAACAAUAUAUUUAUCCCAAAUUCUGGGUUUAAAAUACCAGGUUUUUAAUUGAGGGAUUGUGGACCAAAUCUCUAAUUAAUUAAAUUCUCAAUCCAAACGACCCCAUUAUGAAUUGUCAGCCCAAGCUCGUGGACUGGUGUACUGUUUCCUUCCAAAGGAGUACUAUCAAAAUAUAUGAAUUAUGAAUGGUUCUGUAUGGUCUCUUUUGUGCUUUUGAAGAGAUGAACCAUACUGUGACAUUUUAUAUAGUGAUCAAGCUUGCUCACUCAACUGGAUUUCAACUCAGACUUGGAGUAGAACAAAAUCAGGAUCUUGAAUUUUCACCUCAAUUCAAUAUUUUUUUAUUAUUUCAGAAUCAUAAUAAUGUUUAGUUGUUGCACAUUCUACAUCAGCUUUAGCAAACAACAAGAAGCAGCUAACGGUAGAUAAAAUGAGGGGAGCCGGUUGAGCAUUUAUGAAAAAAGAGUAGGCAGAGUUUCAGAAACAGGGGAGAAAAGGUGAAAUACAAUCAAUCAAACACAAUAGCCUAGUUAGUAGAAUACCGUUGCAAUAAUAAGAAAUGCUGCAACUGCCAAUCUCUUCAUUCUAAAUGGAGGAACGAAAUUGAUGGUGCGCAGGAAAAGACCAAAGCAGUAAAGAGAAGUGAUGAAUGGGCCAAAGUUCAAUCCCACAAUGAGAAUUCCAAUCACUGGAAAAAAGUAUCACCAACAGCCAUGCAGUUGGGACUGAAAGGUCCCCUGCAGCAAUAGGUAAAUAAGGUUUGUUAACCCUGCAAAAUCAAGAGAGAUAAACUAGAUCAACAAACUUUACCACAAUGGCAUAGCAGAGAUUCAAGACACAGGUAGUUUGGGCUCCUGUGAGCUACAAAAAGAGGAAAGGUGGCCCAUACUCAUUGGCGGAGCCACGUUAUGUGGUGUGGGGUCAAUGGACCCUACUUGAAAAUGAGUGCACAUUAAAAAAUGAAUGAAUCUAUAGAUGAGGCAUCCAAGAAUUGAACCUUGGACCCCAUGAAUAUGAGCCAACAGCUGCUAGGGGUGGCUAUACGGUCCGGUCCAGUUAAAUUGGCUCGAAUUGAUCCGGUCCCAGUCCGGUCUUUUCGGGAAUAUAAGGAUUAAAGAUUG